AUGUUCCUAUCAAUGCGGGCCGAGGAGGCCAUGUUUCGAUCUGCGGAUAUGACCUAUAUCGAGUUGUACAUUCCGCUAGAGAUAGCGCGCGAGGUUGUUUGUGUAUUAGGUAACCUGGGGAGCGUAAUGUUAAAGGACAUGAACAAAGACCUAAGCACGUUCCAGCGCGGGUACGUUAACCAGGUGCGGAGGUUCGAUGAGGUCGAGCGGCAGGUGGGGUACAUGGAGGGUGUGGUACGGAGGCACAAGAACGAGACAUGGCGGUACCUGUAUCGACAUCUACAGCGGGAAGAGCAGCAGGAGUAUCCCGGCCGGGAGCACCCCACGCUUGCGCAGCUGAUCGGUUCAAUGCACACACACUCGAUUGAUUCGGUGGACGAGGUUGCGGAGGAAAUCAUGCAGUUCGAGGGGCGCGUGAGGCAGCUCGACCAGAGUCUUGUAGCGAUGCGCGAGCGACUGUCGAAGCUUGUGCAUGAGCGACGUGUGAUGUUCACUUGCGAACACUUUCUCGAAGUGAACCCCGGGAUCGGGGAGCGAUUGCCCACACGCCCCGCGGGGUUCGAAGCUGAUGAGUUUGAACUCACGCGUGUCGGGGAGGAGGACGAGGAGACGGCAAGCCAGCUGUCUUUUGAUAUUUCGGAUGACGCAGAGACACAGCUGCCCGGGGACAUGCGCACGUUACUCGAACCGGUGUACCGGCAUCAGUACCUACUUACAGGCUCAAUUGAGCGUGCUAAGGUAGAGGCGCUCAACAAGAUCUUGUGGCGCCUUCUCCGUGGGAAUGUUUUCUUCCAGAAUUUCCCUGUCUCAGUGUCACCGGUGGAAGAAGAUGAUACCGAUCUCGAGACUGACUGCUUUAUCGUCUUUACGCAUGGCGAAGUCUUGCUAAGCAAGGCGAAGAAAGUGAUAGAAUCCCUAAAUGGCACAAUAUAUCCGUUUAUGCAAGACGGGGCGACAGUGCAGGAGUUGAACGACAAGAUAGCGGACCUUAAGCAGAUAUGUUCUACGACAGAACAGACACUACAUACGGAACUUUUUCUUGUUGCCAACCAAUUGCCCAUGUGGAAUGCCAUUAUUAAGCGUGAAAAGUACAUCUACUCUGCCUUGAAUUUAUUUAGGCAGGAGUCACAGGGCCUCGUUGCAGAGGGAUGGCUUCCCACGUACGAUCUACCAGGAGUUCAGGCGGCACUAAAGGACUAUGGGGAGAGCGUAGGAUCCGCAAAUUCGGCCGUUUUGAAUGUAAUUUCGACAACGAGGACACCGCCAACUUUCCACAGGACUAACAAGUUUACGCAGGCAUUCCAGUCCAUUGUUGAUGCCUAUGGUAUUGCAACAUAUAAAGAAGUGAACCCCGGGUUGGCAACUAUCGUCACAUUUCCCUUUAUGUUUGCCGUUAUGUUUGGCGAUGCCGGACACGGUGCAUUGAUGCUCAUAGCCGCGCUCUAUUUGGUGUUAAAUGAAAAGAAGUUGGGAGCAAUGAAACGAGGUGAGAUUUUCGACAUGGCAUACACUGGAAGAUAUGUUAUUCUACUGAUGGGAAUCUUUUCUAUCUAUACCGGUAUAAUGUACAAUGAUAUUUUUUCCAAGUCCAUGCAUUUGUUUUCCACUGGCUGGAAAUGGCCUUCAAACUUUCAAGAGGGCGAGAUGAUUGAGGCUCAAAAAGUUGGUGUUUACCCAUUUGGAUUGGACUAUGCCUGGCACGGUUCGGACAAUAGUUUGUUAUUCACCAAUUCAUAUAAAAUGAAGUUAUCAAUCCUUCUAGGCUUUAUCCACAUGUCGUAUUCAUAUAUUUUCUCAUAUCUCAACUACCACUAUAAAGGUUCGAGGAUCGAUAUUGUCGGCAACUUCAUUCCUGGAUUAAUAUUUAUGCAAUCAAUAUUUGGGUACCUAUCGUGGGCAAUUAUUUACAAGUGGUCAAAAGAUUGGAUUAAAGAUGAGCUGCCUGCGCCUGGUUUAUUAAACAUGUUGAUUAACAUGUUUUUAUCUCCCGGAGUUGUCGAUGAAAAACUAUAUACAGGCCAGAGCUUUCUUCAAGUUAUCCUUUUGCUAGCUGCUCUAGUUUGUGUUCCGUGGCUACUACUUUACAAACCGUUGAUGUUGAAGCGCCAGAACGAUAUAGCUCUCAGCAAAGGAUUCAGAAGCCUCAGAGACCAACGGGUGCAUGAGAUUCUUCUGGAAGCACAGGAAAACGCAGGCGAAGAUAUGCUGGUUGCAGAUUAUGAAAAUGAAGAUGAAUCGUCGGAGGAGUUCAACUUUGGUGACGUUAUGAUACAUCAGGUUAUCCACACCAUUGAAUUUUGUUUGAAUUGUAUAUCUCAUACUGCAUCGUAUCUCAGAUUGUGGGCCUUAUCUCUUGCGCAUGCUCAACUCUCGACUGUGUUGUGGUCUAUGACCAUUCAGAAUUCGUUCUCCGACUCCAACCCUGGUUCAUUUUUCUCUGUCACCAAGGUGGUGGUUUUGUUUGCCAUGUGGUUUGUGUUGACUGUUUGCAUUUUAGUCUUAAUGGAAGGAACGUCGGCUAUGUUGCACUCGUUAAGAUUGCAUUGGGUGGAAGCGAUGUCCAAAUUCUUCGAGGGCGAAGGCUAUGCUUACGAACCAUUUUCCUUCAAGGCUAUCAACAGCGAUGAUGAAUAG